AUGUCUGAAGAACGCUGCUGUGGAUGCGUCUCCGUCGAACAGGACUACGACGUAGGCGAGCACGUUGUUGCUAUCCUUAUCACUUUUGCAGCAUCUGCAGCAGGAACGUUGGUUCCCAUCAUCUCGAAAAUAAUUCCUCAGUGUAAAAUCAACUCGAUCGUCAUGGAGAUCACCAGCUCGUUCGCCUUCGGCGUGGUUCUCGCGACGGGCUUGAUUCACAUGGUCAAUGAAGGCAUUGACAAGCUGAGUGACGAGUGUCUUGGAUCUAUCGUGGAAGAAUACGAAUGUCUCGGUUUGGCUAUUGUUCUCAUCACGAUGCUUUUAAUGCACUUCAUCGAGUGCGAGGGCAUUGUAUUCUUCGGGAGUAAAGGUUCAUCUUUUCACGGUCACAACCACGAUCAUGGUGAUGUAGUCGAGCUGACAAUCAGUACGCGGAGUGUCAGUUCUUCGCCGGAUAACAACAAUAACCCCUAUCAAAAGAAGGACGUCGAGAAACUGGCACACAACGGCAUUCGUCGCACGAUUGCCACCAUCAUUUUCGAAGUAGGCGUCAUCUUCCACUCGCUUGUUGUCGGACUCGACCUAGGAGUCACUACCGGCGCUGAAUUCACGACAUUGCUGACUGCAUUGUGCUUCCACCAGUUCUUUGAGGGCGUCGCUGUUGGCAGUGCUGCUCUAGAGUCCAUCGGAUCUCCAAGCAAGUUGCUCGUGAUGAACUUUCUGUUCUCGAUUACUACCCCAAUUGGUCAGGCGUUUGGCAUAGCCAUUCACAGCACGUACUCAAGCUCGUCUACAACAGCACUAUGGGUGCAAGGGAUUUUUGACUGCGUUGCUGGUGGCAUCCUGCUCUACACAGGCCUCGUUGAGCUGCUGACGUACAAAAUGACUACGAACCAGAAGUUCCUGACUCGCACCACAUCGCAACGCUAUACGCUGUACAUCAGUCUGUGGCUUGGAGCUGGACUCAUGGCCCUCAUCGGCAAGUGGGCAUGA